AUGAAUCAUGCUGGUGUCCUUGCCAUUGAGGCAGAUGAAGAUGAAACAACACUGCAUAAACACUACGUACACCUGACAGGGGAGAGGGAGCCAGAAGUCCUGUUCGUUGGAGAUUCACUCAUCCAGCACCUUGGUCAAUCGGAGGUUUGGAAGAUGUUCGAGCGCUACCAUUGCCUCAACUUUGGGGUCGGCGGUGACCAGACGCAACACGUUCUAUGGCGGCUGGAGAAUGGAGAACUAAAGAAUAUACAACCAAAGGCUAUAGUACUUCUGGUAGGAACCAAUAACCACAGCCACACGGCAGAAGAGGUCACAAAAGGAAUCGAGGCAAUUGUAAAACUCAUUGUAGAGAAACAACCACAGGCCCACAUCAUUGUAAUGGCAAUCCCUCCCAGAGGUCAUAGGCACAACAAACUUCGCGAUAAGAACUCCGCCGUCAACGCUGCCCUUGCGACAUCUCUACCGAAACUGGGCAAGGCGGAGCUUCUAGAGUCGGCGAAAAGCCUCCUGUCGUCCGAAGGCCUCAUUUUCACUUCUGAUAUGUUUGACUUUCUACACUUCACCAAACAGGGUUACAAGAAACUGUGCGAACCACUCCAGGACAGACUAGAAGAGAUCCUUUCUGAGUGAACAGUGGUGUGUUGAAUUCUUGAGUAUAAAUCCCAGCGCACACUAUGCGAUGCGAUCGCACGAAGAUCCGAUUGCAGCAAUUUGCCAAUCGCAUCUCGUGCAAUCUCAUCGAAGGCCAUUGUGCACCUUGCGACAGCGCUGCAAUGCGCCGCAUCUCCAUUGCACCUCCGUUUUUACCCCCAUGGCGUCUGCGCUGCAGCAACUCAGCAAAUUGGUUGUGACGCCACCAUCAAGGACAAAUAAAAAUCGCAGGAAGAUUUGACAUGUCAAAUGUCUCAGAUUUGGUCCGCGAUUCUUCUACAACAUAUCGGAUCGCCGUUACGCGCAUUGUAAAUGUAGUUGGCGCACACUGCAAUUUUGUUACAAUUGGAUCUUUAUAGUGCAAUGGCAUCUCAUAAUGUGCGCUGGGCUUAAAAAUUCCUGUCAACAAUGUCACCUUGCCAUAAAGUGAUAAGGUAGUCCAAUGUUUUCUCGUCGUCAUAUCUGUGAAUCAAGUGUAUCCUGAAAUUCCUAUAUAGUUUAAUAUAACUUAUAAGAAAGACCUUGAUGUGUGCUUCAUCGUGUGAUUUACAUUUAAAGGCAAAGCACAAACAACUCAUGAUCAUGUUCAAACAAAAACAUUAAUUAAACCUUUAAAGUGCUAUGUAUUGGAUGAGUUAGAAAGACCUGGCCAUGUCCAUCUACAUGUAAUAUGGCCUAAUUAUGUCUACUUGGCAAGAUACGUUAUCGUGCAAAGUUAACUUUAUUAUUUUUUUUAUUUACAUGUCAACAUGGUAAAAUAUAAGUUUAAUUACAAAAGUUAUAUGUUAAUAUGGCAAGUUAUGCUAUGUAUUGCAUAUCUGGCCAUGACGACAUAUUACUUUUGUACUUUAUAGAGCAUUGUCUAGUGGUUCUGACUUCUGCCUUUGAAACCGAGGGUCAUGGGUUCGAAUCCCAGCCAUGGGGUAAUUUGCCUCCACAAGAUAUUGAUCCACAGUGUGUUGCACUCAUCCCAGGUGAGGUAAAUGGGUACCUGGCAGGAAGUAUUAAAUUCCUCUAAAUGCUGUGAGCACCGGAAUCGGUAGACUAGCUUAGGCCGGGACAUAUAGGAGCACCUUGAGCAUUUAAGGUGGAUGUGUGCACAAUAUAAGAAACUUAUAUUAUUAUCAUAAGUCAACUGGCAUGAUAACAUAUCUUGCCAAAUGCCAAGUCCACAUGCUCACCGUUUAUAAGUCGACUUGGCAAUAUGGCCUAUCUCGCCGCGUCAACAUUAUUAGGGUAUUAUCAAAUUCAACAUGGCAAGAUAAAACAAAAUAAAAUUAUCUUGCCAUCUUAUCAACCAGAUGGCACUAGAAAAGCUUCUGUAGAAACAUUCCUUGUAAAAGAUGUUUGAAAUAUUGUCAUGGAAUUUCACACUGCUACCCAUCCCAUUAAUUGCAAUGUACAAUGUAUGUAUACAUUAUUCUAUACAACUCGAUAUAAGAGGCUGUAAAUAAUUUUUGAAUGCAAUGUACAUGUAUGUAUAUGAAUACUUCAAAAUGAUGUAAGCACUUCUGGGUUUUUGUCUGCUCUUUGUUAAUGAUAACAUGUAGAAGUGAGUCUUCGCAAUAUUGCAUAAUGGCUGUUCAGUAAAUUGCUCAGCAAAUUGUUUAUGUUCUCUAUGAACCUACGCGAUUGAAUAGUUUUUACUAAGCCUAGUACAUGUACAUGUUCAUGUAGGUGUUUCAUAAAGCUGUUCAUAAGGUUACAAGCGAAUUUACAAACGACCGGUGACCCGUUCUUUGUAACCAAAUCAACACCUAUUAAAAUCUGGUUGAUAUCAUUUACCACAAGAAAGAGUCACCAGUCAUUUGAUUGGCUGAGAAGCACUGUUACUAUGGCAACUGUCAGAUAAAAAGGACUUAACAGAUAAAUUGUCGGACAAGUAUUUCGUAGAUACGCUCCCCUGGGGAGAAUUUCAUGAAAUGACCUGUCGUGCGUUUUAUCCAACAAGUUCCAUUUUAUCCGACAGUUGCCAGUUGUGAUUGGCUGCCAAGUCCUGGGGAGCGUUUCCUCAACAUUUUUGUCCGACAAGUUGUUAGAUCUGACAUCUUUCCUUGAUGUUUAUUGGCUGAGAGGCACUGUUACCAUAAAAACUGUGGGAUAAAACAGGACUUGUCAGAAAAAACGUCCGACAAGUCCUUUCGUGAAAUGCUCCCAAGUUACCAUGGUAUUUGCUAUAAUGGCGGUCACAAUAGUUGUAACUCUUUAUGAAACUGGCCCCAGCUCGGUGUUUAAUAAAGCUGUAAGUAAAGUGAUGCACGUCUUUACGCACAACUGGAACAUGUUCUUUGAUGCUAUGUCAGCAACAUAGGGAUAUAUCAUUUAGCGCAAGAAGGGAUCAGCAGCCAUGCGUAAAGUCAUUCGCAACUAAGACCAGCUUUAUGAAACACCUACCUGGGGGUGUUUCAUCAACAUCAGGGGGGCGUUUCAUGAAAGGACUUGUCGGACGUUUUAUCCGACAAGUCCCAUUUUAUCCGACAGUUACCAUAGGAACAGUGCCUCUCAGCCAAUCAAAAUCAUGGAAAGAUGUCAUAUCUGACAACUUGUCGGAUGAAAAUAUUGAUGAAACGAUCCCCUGAUCUGACAACAUUCAUUGGUUCUGAUUGGCUGAGAAGCACUGUUACUAUGGUAACUGUCUGAUAAAACAGAACUUGUUGGAUAAAGCGUCCGACAAGUCCUUUCAUGAAACGCUCCCUUGGUCUACAAAAUCACUUCGACUUCAGGCGAUUAAUUAUUCAACUUAUUGAAGGUAGAUUUAUGCAGACUUGACUGUAUACUGUAAAGUAAUCACAAUUACUUCUGUUUUUUUAUUUACGAAAACCAUCCUUGUUCCAGUGCCAACAUUCAUUCCUGAAACGUAAUGCAGUGAUUGACUGCAAAUUAAUACAAGGUAUUUUUUGUGAUGUACAUGUAUUUUAUUUCCUCUUCAAGUAAUUUUAAGUACUAAUUGUUUUUCAUUAUCUUGACAUAGGCAUCAAUUGUAAGUAAGUGUAGAAUAUAUUUUUAAUUGAUUAUUUAUAUUUGUUUGUGGUAUGGCAUUUUAUAUUAUUUCCAUUAUUUUUGGUGUUUACAUGUAUGAAACCUCCCUAUCAGUAAAUAUAUUUAUAGGUUUACUUGCUAUAUCUUAAGUGCACUUCAUUUGAUUGUUAUUGUUUCAGACAGCAAAUGUUUGAUAAUAUGUUUGUUUUCAAAAUUAUGAAUAUUUAGUUAUUUCAUUUGAUCAAUAGGCUGCAAGCUAACUUGCCAAAAUUAUUUAUGUUUUUAUUAUUUUAUUGCCUUUCAUGAUGUUAAUAGAUACAAUGUUUUCAUCAAUUUCAUGUAAUACAAUGUUUUAUGUCAUAACGUGCACAGAUACAAUAAUUGCACUCGUGUAUUAUGAAUAAUAGUGGUUUGGUAGAGGAUAGUUUUAAAUCAAUAAUACAAUUAUUGACCCAUAUCGGCGUGUUUCUACAGAGAAUCGUUAGUGGUAUUACCGUGUAAGUAUCCAGAAUUCUGGAAAACUUCCCCGUCGAAACAGACGCGAUGCGGUUUAUUGAUUAACCGCAUCGCGCAAAAUACGGUUUUUCAUAACUACCUCUGGGAGGUGGUUAUUGCCGUGUUCCACAAGGUGGAUUGUGAGUUAAUCGGAUUAUUUGCUCUGUAGACACAGGUUGGUUUAACCCUAACUAGGCCGGGCUUUUUUGGCUGUUCUGUGGCUGGGGGGGGGGGUUGAUUCAACCCCCCCCCCUGAGAUCUUAGCCGCCGAUUGCGCGAGCGCCGCAAAAAUUUGCACGCUGGUAGUGUGCGAUGUAAUCUACAAGGCUGCAUGGUAAAAUUUUCCAAAAUAAUGAGAUUUUAUUUUAUAUGAAUUAAUUAUGCUAAUUUAUGCAUAAAUCAUACUUUUUGCUCUAAUUCACUAAAUAAAGCUCCUAGAAUGCUAAUUUUUGGUAAAAAUAUUCUUUGUAGCAUUCUUAACAAUGGCAAUUGAAAAAAACUUCGGUUUGGAAAUCAAUUUCUUAUGUAUUUUAUUGUUUUAUGAAUUUCUUAUGUAUUUCUUUGUUUUUCAACCUUUUGAUUUUCGUUGUUUUUUUCACCAGAUAUAUUGCACAACCUUUUUGAAGCACAAUUAUGCUAAAAUCAAUUGCUUUCAGCUGUUUAAAGUAAAAAUAAUCAUAUCUUUAUGAAUAAGGUGAGAAAACUCAAUUUUCAUUGACUUUGUACACAAAAUCACGUUUUGGAACAAUUUUUGGUCUGACAUGCACUUACAAAAUGUUGCGUAAUUUCGAAACCACGCACCCGGGCGUCGUAAAUUUGGUCUCAAAAGAUGCGCGAGACUUAAAAGUAUAAACUCUGCGAGUGGCGCGGUCAAAAAAUUUCGCGCGGCGAAAUGAUUGCAGAAAAUGUGGAGGGGGGGUUGAUUCAACCCCCCCCCCCCGGCCAUUUUAGGGUUAAGGGCCAUACAGUUUUUCGAUUCCGGAAAAGAUAAACCGUUUUUUGACGAUUCUCCAAAGAAACACGUUGUAUGACUGACAGCUUCUGUUCUCAAUGAAUGCUACUUGUAGGCUUCUAUUCUAAUCAAAUGAGCAAGGUAGCUGGUGUUUAAGAAAAGCAUUUUGUAGAACAAAGUAAGGUCAUAUUAUAACAUUCAUCAUACUUUAUAGGGCUUGUUUUUCCUCAAGAUUUGCAAAUUAUGCAACUUUGCUGUUAUGGAUUGGUAACUCAUUGAAAUAUUGAUUUUAACUUGCUGCAGGGCACUGGUAGCAUUCCCAGUUCUUCUACUUCUCCUCCUUCUUCACCUCCUCCUUUCUCCUCCUCUUACUUUCUCCUCGCCUCCCCCUUCUCAUCCUCCUCCUUUCUCCUCUUUUCUCCUCGCCUCCCCCUUCUCAUCCUCCUCCUCCUCCUUUCUCCUCCUCUUCCUUCCUCCUCCACCUUCUUCAUUAUCAUCACCAUUAUUACUAUAUUAUUAAGUAUGCUCUACUCUGAACUUUUUUCAGGGAUCUUGAUAAUGAAGCUUCAUUGAAUGCCAUUCACAGUUCUCUGUAGACCAUUGCGUUUUAAAAUCAGGGAUAAAGUGCCAUAUUUUCUUUACGCUUUUGAUAUAGCAAAUAUUUCAUUGAUAUUGUAUUAAGUUUUUAUCAUUUUUAUUGCAUAAAACCAUGUUGAAAUGAUUCAUACUUACAGACACAAAGUGAAUACAUUCGUAAUAGUGGCCUACAAAUCUUUAUGUAUAGUUUUAAAUGUCAUUAUUUUUUGCCUCGGCAUUCAGUGAAAACAUAUUUCAAGGAAAAUAUCCUGUAAAUCUUAAAUUACUGCAUUUCAUAAUACAUACGCCGCCAAGCAUGUAGGUCACAUGUCCCUGGGAAGCGGGUUGCUGAAGCACCCUAAGACUUCCCUGGGGAUGCUGAGUGUUUUAUUCACUGUAGGCAGCACCCCCUGGAAAACUUACGUAUGGUCAAUAGCAAAUAGUGAACCAAAUGACCUUAAUUUUUUUUGCUUGUCAAAUUUAAACCAGCACCCCCUGUUAAAGAAACCAUUUCAUUGGGAAGAAUAAAGAUUAAAAAGUGGAUUUAAAAAAUCCCUAGUAUUUUUAUGUAAGAGGUAUUGUGUUGGUAGAGCGUCCGCUGCACAGUGGCUGCCAGGCCCACAAUCAAUUAGGCAAAAUACAUUUUUGGAGUAUAUCAUUUCUGGUGUCUAUUUCGAACAAUAAAAUAUGGAUUUUAAGAUUUUUAAUCAAAUUUGAUUAAUGUUACUUCAAUCACUUUGGAAAAGAAACACUAUUUAGUACACAGAUGUGAACCAAUCUCUCAUGGAGUGCUGUCACAAAAAGUCCAUAAUUUGUGCAUAUGUACAGUAUAAUGAAAUGUACAAAUUGGUAUUGCAGGUAGUGUUUUUUUCUAGGCAGAGAGCAAUUUCCAUGAUUCUAAAAUUGAAAUUGUCGCAUUGAAUGAAAAUGGUCAAUAUGAUCAAUGCUGACCGAAAAUGGGGCUUCAAAGUAUCAAUUUUCCCGAAUUGAUUAUUUUUUUGUGUUAAACUUGUUGACAAUAUUCAUAUGAAGUGGAGAUAAUGGCAAGACCAGUAUGUAGCUAUGUGUACAUGAUAUAUAUGGUGAUUCUGUCUGUUGAAAUAUUUGAAUAUGUUUUUCUUUUAAAGAGAACAGUACUAUUUGAUGCCCCAUUGCCCCCUUCAUGAGGCAUUUCAAGCAUCUUGUUUUGUUUUUUUCCAUUGGAUAAAUGUUGUGAAAAAGGGCCAAUCGUCAUUAUGCUAUGAAGUAUAGCUUUUUUUCCGAAAUGGAAAUAGACCCUGGUCUGUUAUGGGUGACAUUAUUCUUUAUUUUUGUACAAACUCUGCCCAUCUUUAAAUGCAUCAUUCCUUAUAUUUGUUUCUGUUGCCAGUUUUGUUAAAUAAUAUUCUGUGUUAAUUUCUGUUUGGCACCAGAAAACAGUACCAAAUUAACAGAAUUACCUCAUACACAGAUGUCAAAUGCUUUUAUUUUUUCUUACUGUACAAGUUUUGCACCUCCCCCCCCCCCCCCCCCCCCCCGGAAAAAAUAGAAAGCCUUGUGUACUUUGCGACAAUAUAUCCUCCAUAGAGCUGAAGGAGUGUUAAUUUAUAUGGCCUAAAUGCUCAUUUUGCAGUUCUAUAUUAGUGAUACAGUGUCAUAUGUAAUGUGUACAUCUCUGCAUUCAUGUUAACCUGUAGAAGAAGCAAUCCUUUCUGUGAAAAAUAACAUAUAUUUUCAUUUAAAUAAGUUAUAUUAUCAUCUUGCCAAAUAUUUUUUUUUCAGUUAUCUCCCCCUCCCGAACAGUUUUCAGUCAGAAGUUAAUGUAUUCAGACCUUUUAACAUUAAAUUGAAUUGGUCAUUAAUUUUUACCUUGAUAAGAUCUGUGAAGUAGUAACCUAUUGUUUUAUUCUUUUGUAGAUCUAAUCUAUUACCUUGCUUGAAACAAGUUUGAAAGAUUGUAUUUUUUUACUGUCACAUGUAGAAUUUAAUUUUCUUAGAACAGAAUUAAAAAAUGGGUAUUGUGUCCCUUCAAGACUGAAAGAAAGGCUACAUUUUCUGGAAUAGUUAAACAGACUUCUUUUUUUCAUCAUUGUAUCCUGAAAUUGCUCAAAGAAAUUGUAUUAUGUCACUUAAAAGUGCAAAUCAUGUAUGCAGAUAUUGGUGUGAAAAUUGAAAAAUGCAACGAAACAAUAUUUAGAUAUAGUAUGGAAAGGAAAAAGGCAGUUUAGAUAGUAUAAAAUGUGAACAUGAAUAUAUACAUGUUAAUGUAAGUGAUACUGUGAAAUUGAUUCUAAAUGUGAAUGUAUAUAUUAGUGCAGAAGUAAGUACAAUAAAUAUAUUGUGAUCUUAAUGUA